AUAUAUAAAUAUAGAUCCAUCGAUUGAUCAAUACACACACCUUCAGAUUUAAACAACGAUCACUUUUGAACAGUCGAUUUGAGAUCUUUCUGAAUCGUACAUCCUGAUCAUGGCCGAAAACGAUGGUGCUGUUACUACUGAACGGGAGGUGGUUCAGAGCGAAGAAGAGACUUUGAAGUACCUGCAAUUUGUGCAAGUGGCAUUGCUCCAUGCAGUUCUUUAYGCAUCAAGGGUCUAUGGUUUUGCUAAGCAAAACUCUGGCCCCCUCAAACCUGGYGUGGAGACAAUUGAGGGUGCUCUCAAGACUGUUGUGGCCCCKGCAUAUGAUAAGUUCCAUGGUGUCCCUGUUGAGGUCCUCAAGUUUGUUGAUCGUAAGGUUGAUGAAUCUGUCACCAAAUUCGACGGUCGGGUACCCCCUUUUGUGAAGCAGGUAUCAACUAAAACCAAAAGCCUGUCGAACUCUGGUGUGGUGGAAACUGCAUCUGGGCUUGCAAAAAGUGCGUACACGAAGCUAGAACCGACUGCCAAAGGACUGUAUACAAARUACGAACCGGUGGCUGAGCAAUAUGCUGCUUCGGCUUGGCACUCACUUAACCAACUCCCACUCUUCCCUAAGGUGGCYAAGGUGGUUGUACCAACAGCUGCUUACUGUUCUGGAAAGUACAACCAAACAGUGCAGCAAACAGCAGAGAAAGGAUACAAAGUUUCUUCAUACCUACCAUUGGUGCCUACUGAAAGGAUUGCUAAGGUGUUCAACUCGGCUGAACCACAAUCAGAAGCGGUGGCUCCCAGUGGAGGGGAUGCAGCCAUGGUGGCUCAUUGAUGGUUGGUUUAUGAUGAAAGAUGGAAAUAUUUGUUUUGCAUUUAUGUCUUGGAAGUCGUAUGACAUUUUUAUGAAAGUUUGUUAUGUUGAAAUGGAUCCUCUUGUGAUAUGUACAGUUUAAGGUUUGAUAAUAUGGUGUGAUUAAUUUAUGUGGAUGAACAUUUUUAGAACCA